AUGAGAAAUCAUGUUUCCUUCGAUUCUACUGUGCCUGUCUUUGAUUCCAUAGACGGCGGUCAUGAUUGUGGAGGUUUAGAGGAGGGCAUGAAGUUUGAAAACAAAGAAAGUUGUAUGUAUGCAAUCCGUCAAUAUCACAUUAAAAAUAGUGUUGAUUACGAGAUUUAUAAGUCUGAUACGCAACGUUUCUUGGUUAGAUGUAAGAUCGAAGGAUGUGGCUUCACAUGCAGAGCAUCCUUACGAAAGGGGUGUGGUAAAUGGGUUAUUGGUAGAAUUGGUGGACUACACACUUGCAUGGCGUCUGCUAUGUCACAAGAUCACAAGAAGCUUGACUCAAAUCUUAUCGCUCAAAGCAUCAGAGCUCUCGUCAGCGACGAUGCUUCAAUCAAGGUGAAAACUAUUAUCGCUCAUGUUCGUACAGUUUUCAACUACAUGAUAUCUUAUAAAAAGGGAUGGCUUGCAAAGAACAAAGCAAUCGAGUCUAUUUAUGGAAACUGGGAGGCCUCAUACAAUGACCUACCACAAUGGUUGUUAGUCAUGCGGGAGCAUCUUCCUGGAACCGUAAUAGAACUGGAAACACUGCCUGCAUAUUUAGAUGAUGGAACACAAAUUAGUGGUGCAAGGAUAUUUCAUCGCCUUUUUUGGGCGUUUCAACCUAGUAUCAGAGGUUUCGCCUAUUGCAAACCAAUUGUGCAAGUCGAUGGCACAUGGUUGUAUGGAAAAUAUAGAGGAACGUUGCUAAUGACUGUUGCGCAGGAUGGGAACGGUAACAUUUUCCCAAUCGCCUACGCAUUGGUUGAAGGGUAUGCUCUGACGGAGUCUACAUACACUUACAAUCGGGAGGAAAUCCGACAAACAGACAUGGAAGUUUUCAAUUGGAUAGAGAAUCUUCAAAGAGAAAAAUGGUCGCGAGCUUAUGACGGUGGAAGAUGA